CUACACCGCCUUGCGCCCGCGCAUUUCAUACGUCCACCACCAAUCCUAUAGUUCAGAUAGUUACCAAUGCUACUAUUAAAUUGUAAUGUGCGUGUAAAUCAAAUUAUUAAAAAAAUAUUAAUCCGUUUUAAAUUUUAAAAUGAGAAUAAAAGAUACGUCGAAUAAAACUAGACCAUGAGAAAAUUAUAGACAACCAGUGAUGUGAUGAAGUGAUAUUUUUUUGUUACGUGAAUUAAAAUGCCAAGAAAACGAGUCAUUAAAUCUCCCCCAGUCGAAAAACGGUCAGAUGAUGCUGAUGACGAUGACUUCUUCUUUGACGAUUCUCAAUCUAGCUCUGGUCGAAGCACACACGAGCCACAACACAGAAAUGCGGCUAACGCACGGGAAAGAGCUAGAAUGCGUGUACUUUCGAAGGCAUUUUGCAGACUGAAGACGACCCUGCCCUGGGUCCCGGCAGACACGAAGCUGUCCAAACUGGACACUCUACGGCUGGCUGCGUCCUACAUCGCUCACCUGCGAGCCUUGCUGCACGAGCCGAGGUCUGCGCAUACGCCGCCGCACCCGCUUAGCUUGGGCUGGCCCUUUGCAUUUCAACAUGGUGGUAGCAUCAGUUGCUCCAUAUCUCAAAGAUGGAAUGUGAACCCGGCGAAUGACAACAGCCGUUGUGAAAUUCAGCAACGAGAGAUGCCUAAUGAAAAAUGCAAUGAAAACUAUACACAGGAUUACUGCGAAAAUGACUAUGAAGAACGGUGCUAUGAUGAUCUAACGAAUGAGGGCUGCGGUCAAGUGCAAUAUUACAACUAUGGUUACAAAGAUAAUAAUUAUUGCGAUCAGAGAACUUAUUCUAAUAUGUAAAUUAUAUUGCAUUGGACAGAAUCUAUCCAAUUUAGUUUGGAGUCUUGGGUGAUAUACAUUUGCGAGCAAUAUCGAAUUGAUAUAGGUAUAUUUAAUUAAUGUACAAAUUUUAAAAAACAAAAGGAUUUCAAUUACUUACUUGACCAAUGAUCUUGAAUUCACAUGCCAAAGAUAUUCCUAAAAUUAAAAGCUUGUUCAACUUAUUAACGUA